AUGGCGUCCGUGUCUUACAAGAUAUUUGCCGUAACAGGCGGGGCAUCUGGCAUUGGUGCGGCGACAUGCCAACUACUCGCUCAGCGUGGAGCCUCCGUGAUCUGCAUUGGCGACAUAUCAAGCCAAGGUUUCAAUAGUAUCACCCAACUUAUCCAGGAGACAAAUCCAUCAACUAAGGUUCAAUGUACCGUGCUAGACGUGGCGUCCUCUACCGACGUCGAGGAGUGGGUAGCAACUAUCAUUACCACCUUUGGAAACCUUCACGGGGCAGCCAACAUCGCCGGCAUUGCACAAAGAGAGGAAUCACGAAAUUCUCCGGCUAUUGCAGAAGAGACAGACGAAGAAUGGGCUAGAAUCAUGAGGGUCAACUUGGAUGGAGUGUUUCAUUGCACGCGAGCUGAGGUACGAGCGAUGAAGGAUCUUUCCGUAUGCGACCGCAGCAUUGUGAAUGUGGCAAGCAUUGCAGCAUUCUAUCACAUUCCAGAUGUCUUUGCAUAUGGAACUUCCAAGGGUGCAUGCAUAUACUUCACGGCCUGCGUAGCUGCAGAUACGUUUCCCCUCGGAAUCCGCGUCAAUAGUGUUUCUCCAGGAAUCACCAACACCCCGCUGCUGCCGCAGUUUCAGCCUACAUCGGACAGCAUUGGUGACAUCAAGGUGUCUUAUCAGGAAAAGGGGUUCUCGGUAAUUGAGCCACAUGAUGUGGCCAGAACAAUCGUAUGGCUACUAAGCGAGGAUUCACGCCCGGUAUAUGGGGCUAAUAUUAAUGUAGGCUCAUGCAUGCCCUAG